AGGUCAAAGGUCAGGGAUGUUUUAUGUGUGGCGAUUUUAAAGCCUGAGGCACAUUUGUACAUUUUUGAUAUUGGGCUGUAUAAAAUAAACUGAAUUGAAAGGUAUAGGAAAUUAUCCUUUAACUUAUUUUAGGAAUUUAUGUUUACAUUUUUGUAAGCUGACGACAUGAUAUUCCUGGCGAUGUAUUGUAGAACAUUAGUGGUCCGGUCAGGCUCCCGUAAAGCGUCACAGCUCACAAGGUUUUGUUUUCCAGUUUUAACGUAGAAUGGAAAAAAGCCACACAGCUGAAGAAGCUGGAUGAAAAUGGAGUGGGCCAUGCCGGCUCUCCUCCGCGCCCUGAAAGGUGGUCGUACCUGAGAUGUUCCAGGGACAGUGAAUAUAUUUAGAGUAAAACAUUUUCAUGCAAGAUAAGCUGGAAACGAAUCCGGAAGGAUAAGCAGAAUAAUGAAAUUCCCGAAAAUGUUGCGUGCAUGUGUUGUGAAGCUGCAGGGAGCCGAUCCAGCCUGAUUAUUUUUUGCCUUACUUUUAUGGCUGCCAUUAUUUAAAAAAACAUCUGCUGGAAGGAGCUCUGGAGAUAAUGCUUUCAUGAACUUUAGAUAAAAGCUACAGCACAUUGCUGCAAACUGCUUUAGCAUCGCGCAUGUCACAUCAAACAAACAGCCAUAUCUCUACCUCUGUUCCUCAUUAACGCAUGUAAUAGACAGGUAUUACAAUAUUUGAAAGAAACAGGAUUAAGCAAUAGAAUUUAAAGCACUGACAUUUUGAAUCUCCCUUUUGUUUUGUUUUAUUGAUUUUGUUUUGUGGUUAUUUUGUUGGGUUUGGUUUUGUAAGGGGAUCGGUUACUCUUAGGCCGCAAGGUGAACAUCGAAAAGUCCUUUAGAAAAUGAAUCCCGCUCCACAGUCGCGCAUCUACACAAUAUUUAGUUCAUAAAAAAGAAAGAGUCGUGCUUAGCUACCAAAAAAAAGUCUGUCGCUGAAUUUGCCGUCGAUUCUCGAUGCGACUAUGUUUUAUGCCGAACUAGUUUCUUCAGAGCGUAAUAUGAUCUUGGUCACGAGGGGUGGCACGGUUCGACACGUGAUCGGUCUACACCAAUGAGGUAGCUGCUUUUUGUCAACAGAAUGGCAAGAUGGCGUCCUCGAGCAGUACGGAAGACGAAGAAAAUACAACGGAAUAUAUGAAUAAAUCAAAAAACAAACUUUGUUUUAUGCAUAUUACUUCAGUCAAGCACGAGGAGGUACAUUAUUUCACCACUACACGAUGGAAUACAUACAGGACAAGCCUACAAACGUGGCUCGGGUUGGACGGUGAGUCUCGGGACGUGGCUGAGAACUUCAAACACUGUGUCGAUGUGGAGUUUGACAAUAUUCCCGAGGAUGCUGGCUUCCAUCACACGUGCUACCGUAGAUUUACGGACAAAAAAUCCAUGGCAAAGGUGGAAAGACGUCUCGCACGUGAGAGACAAGAAGCGACGGAAGACCACGAGGCCAUUCCAUCGACUUCUGGCGGCACGAGUCCAACAAAGAAACUGCGAUCCAGGUCAGGGCUGCCAAUCGCAGGCUCUGGCCCCGUUCUUCCUGCCCUGGGCAUAAUUUGCCAAAAAAAGGAGAAGUUCGUCAACCGAGCAGGCAAACGACAAAGGGAUACUCUGUCAAAGGCUGAAACAUUAACAGCAGGCCAAUUGCAGAAAGCUGCCGAGUUGAAGGAGGACCAAAGUAUUCUUUUGCAUAUACAAGACAAAGACUGUGUGGCUCUGGAGGUGCAGGACCACAAAGGCUGUUAUAAUCAGUACACCAGGUUUUUGAUGAGGCCUGAAAAACCAGAGAAAGAACAGAAUGAGCCCACGUUUGAUGUCAGCGAUAAGAUAUUCUGUGAAAGGAUCAUUCGCCAAAGGCUGCUUGUCAACCAAGAGGUGCUGAGAAUGGGCCAGCUGAGGAAGGCCUUCAUUGAACUGGUGAAAGCAAAUGAAGGUCUUGAUGCUUGUGACUGUUAA